AUGUAGAAAUCAAAUUAAGGGCAAUCUUCAAAUAAAUUGAAUAGAUUUUAUUUAUUUUCAAGAAAUAUAGGACUUGAUAACUCAGAAUCCAGUAAAAUGAGAGCUAAAUAUAUAAUUCAUGACAAAGAGAGUUUAUAUGAGGAAAUUUAAAAUCUGAAAUAAGAAAACAAUUAUUUAAAAUUAAGAUUGAGAUAGUUUUAAUCGUAAAAUUAAUAUUUCAAGAGAGAAGUGUAAUCAAUUUUAAAAGAGGAUUGUGCUACUCCAAAAAAUUAUACUAGAAUAAAAUAAGGUUUUUUGGAUAAAAUCACAAAGCUAGAGGUAUAUAUAGAAUAACUUUAGGAAAAUAACAUGAAAUUGUAACAAUAGUUAUAGGAUUAAAUAUAAUAUAUUAAUUAAUUGUAGAGUCCAUUGAAUUAAAACAAUGUUGAAGGAUUGUGUAUGUCUCUAAAUGAAGACAAUAUGAGAAUGUCAUAAUUAAUUUAGUAAUUAGAAUAGACAGUUAUAUAAACAUAAGUACUGAAAUUUAAUUAAAUUUAGAAUAAUUACAGUAAAAUGAACAUUAAAUAUAAUGCAAUCUUAAAUAAAUAUAAAUAAAUAAAGAAUUUGAAUGCAUAAUUGUUAUUAGAGAUAGCUGAAUUGAGAAAGAAAGAUAUGUUUUUUAUUGAGAGACCAUAAUAAAAGGAUAAUAAAAAGAUAGAAGAAUAAUUAUAAUUGAGUUAUGAUUAAGCAAUGGUAGAUUUGAGAAAUGAAAGAUAAAAGAAUAAAUAUUUAGAAAAUCAAAUAUAAAUACUUUAAGCUGAUCAUUAAGAGUAAAUAAAUAUAUUAGAGAAAAAGAUGGCUGAUUAAAAGAAAUAAGUAGAAACUUUGUAAAGAGGGUAUGAAAUGGAAAAAUUAUAGAGACAUCAAUCUAAAAGAACUAUUCUUAUAAAAAAUAAUGGUCCAUAAUAAUAAUAACCUGAAGAAUAAGGAGAAUUAUAAGAGGAAAGAGAAUUAUAAAAUAAGAAAUUUAUAAAUGUGGAUAAGAAAGAUAUUUUGGCAAUAGCUAGAUAAGUCAAAUUGAAUUUAAUUGGAUUGAAAAUAUCAUUGUAAUAAGUAGAAGAAUAUUUAUUGACAGAUGAAAUACUAAGUUAAUAAUAGUUAAAACAAAAUCUUUCAAAUAGAAUCUUUGGUUUAUCUACAAAUGAAUAGAUUGAAAUGGCAGCAAUUUAUUUAGCAGAUGUUGAAAAUGAAACAGAAACAACAACUAGUGCUAGAGUAAGAAGUAUCUUUAAGACUUUAAUGGAAAACUAUUAAAUCUUAACAAUAGAUUAAUUAAGUAAUAUAAAUUAACAGAUUAUGAAAAAAAAGAAUGAGAUAUCUGAUAUUUUAAUUAAGAAAUAUCCAGAUACUUAUACAAGUGGAUAUAUUACAAUAGAUGUAUAUACUAUAUAUAUAUAAUAUAAUUAUAGGCUUAUUUAGAAAUUUUAAAUUAAAUUGACAUAUAAUUAAGUAAGAUAGAGAUUGAUCAUUUUUAUGCUUUGAUAUAAAGAUAAAAUAAAUCAUCAAGAAUAUUUUUGUAAUAAAUACAUUCACCUUUUGAUGUAAGUUAAGGGGAAGAGGAAGAUGAUUUAGAGGAAUAAUAAUAGAAUUUUAAUUAUGUAGAUGGUUAAUAAGAAAGUGUAAAAAUGUCACAUAGUGAAAUAUUAGUAAUAAAUAAAAGGAGAGAGUCUGAAUUAGUUAAUUUAAUUGAAGAAGAUAUGGAUAACAGAUAGAAAUCUAACUAAAAGAAAUUAUAAGUGGAUAUAGAAAAAUUAGAUGAACAAAAUGAUGUGGAAUAAAAGCAAUCACAAUAAUUGAAAUUAGAAUUGUCUGAAGAAGAAUAGAAUCCAUUCCAAGAUGUGUAAUACGAAGAAUCAGAUAUGAAAAUGAUUAAUUCGUAAGAAUUGAGAAAAUAAAGUUAAUCUGAAUUAUAAUAAUUUUGA